GAGAUGGAAAUGGAUGCUGCAAUUGCCAGUUCUAAGGGUGUGAAGGCAACAGGAAAGAAGUACACGAUAGACAGGGAGAUAUGGACAACAGAUAUGGACAAUGAACUUGUUAAUUCAUUCCUACAACAACAUAAUGAAGGGAAUAGAGUGAGCGGGACAUUCACCACAAAGGCUUACAUGUCAAUCACUAGUGACUUGCAAAAUAAGUUCGGAAGACCUUUCAAGAAAGAUAAGGUGAAAGGGAGAUGGAAGUUAUUGAAAAGAAAUUUUACCAAGUGUUAUGAUUUAUUCAAAAAUCUCAGUGGCUUUGCUUGGGAUCCAAUCUCAAAACGUUGGUUGGCUGAACCUGAAGUCUGGAAAACACUGGUAGAGGCUCAUCCCGAUGCUGAAGAGUGGAUGAGGAAACCGAUUGCGAACUACGACAAGAUGGUGAUCAUAUGUGGAGAAGACCGAGCAUAUGGAGGGAUGUCAGAAACCAGUGAGGAUAUUAGGAAGGAUAAAUCAUUUGGUGCAGAUUCAGUGGAGACUAGUGAUAGUGUGCAAGAAGGUGUCAAUGAUGUUGAUGUCACAUCACCUCAGAUCAGAGUGCAAGAUGUCCGAGAUGAACCUAAGUCCAAGCGGUCAAAGAAAGCCAAGGAUAAGGUUGAAGAAGGAGGAAUAACAGCGGCACUUAUGACGAUUGCUGAAGCUUUUAAGGACAGCACUUCUGCGCUUCGUGAGAGCACGGUAGCUUAUGAAAAAUCUCAUCAAAAGCUUCCGAUUUCUGAAGUUGAGCUUUGGAAGCUUUUGGAGGAUUUGCAUAUUGAAAAUCAUUUGAUCAACCGAGCAUAUCUAUAUCUUCUCAACAAUCCCGAUAUGAUCAAAGGACUCAUUGGAUGCCCCAAGCACAAACAGAAGGAGUUGCUUGUUGAAAUGGUGUUUGGUCCACCGGCAUCUACUACCAGGCCAUAUCAGUGAAGGCAAAGGCGUGUGAAAGUCAAGCUUCUGACCUUUUUAUGUUAUUGAUUGGAAUGUACUAGAUAAAUAUAACUGCUAGUACUUACUUGAAAUAAAAUGUGAGACUUAAUACGCUGAGAUAUUAUUGUCCUAUGAUGGUUAAAGUUAGUUGUGUUCCUUUAUACGUAGUAUAUUUAUUUUUCAUUUUGGUUUAAUUUUUUGUCAAAAGUAUGGGUAUAUAGCAAGUUUUUGGAUAUAUUAUACUUCAAUUAUUAAAAACUUUUUUAAUAAAAAAACAAUAAUUUUUUGUUUGCUUUUGUGAAAUUGAAAUGUGAAUUUAAAUAUUGUUAUUUAUUUAAAUAAUUAUUAUUCUCUCAAAAAAAAAAUUAAAUAAUCAUUAUGAUGUUUUUUUAAAAAAAUAUGACUUCAUUUUCUGACUCUUUUUUUUACUUAUUAGCUUACUAGUUGUUUUUUCAUUAAAUACGUAAUUUUUUUAUUUUGUGCACUGAAUUAUAUAAUAAUAAACCGUUUUUGGAAAUUUUAUAAUUUUUUAUUUUGAAUUUGAUAUUACCAUACUCUUCAUAAUUUAUAUAUGUAAAUAUUGAAGCAAUUUUUCAAGAAAAAUAUCAAAGCAACUAGUAAUCUAAUCUAAAUAAUAAAAAUAUAUGUAACAUUC